AUGGCUACCUCAAUAUUACAACGUUUCUUAAUGCCGUCAAUACGGUCGACGCCUUCAGUUUCCGCCUCUCAUCCCACCACACAAUCCAUCACAAACCAACUCAAAUCAAUCACAAUUUCCUCAUCGCGGACGUUCUCCUGCUCGCCAUCUCAUGCCGCAACAUACAAUCAAGUCCGCCGCGGUUGUCGUACUGCACAGGCUAUGCGUAAAGCCGUAUCUCCUGCUCUAUCAACUGUUCAGGCCCCAGCGCUCAAGGGUGUAGCAUUGAAAGUUGGUAUAACUAAACCAAAGAAACCUAACUCGGCGGAGCGAAAAACCGCCAGAGUUAGAUUGAGUACGGGGAGAGUGGUUACGUGUUAUAUUCCGGGCGAGGGACAUAAUGUGCAACAGCAUAGUGUGGUAUUGGUCAGAGGAGGAAGGAGUCAAGAUUGUCCAGGUGUGAGAUAUCAUUUGGUUAGAGGAGCGGGAGAUUUGGGAGGAGUAGGAAACAGGGCAACGUCACGAUCGAAGUACGGAACCAAAAAACCAAAGAAGGCGGCUGCCUAA